AUUUUAGAAUUUAUUGAGUUAAUUUUAAUAAGGAUUCAGGUUUAUUAUAAAAAAUAUAUUAAGGACUAACAAUUUGAUAUAAAAGAAAAUAUGAACUCUAAAACAGAAAAAUAGAGAAUUUGCCCUACUCACAAACUUCAAUCUACUUAAAUAUGUUUGAAUUUAAAAUGUUAGUUAAAUAGAAUACUUUGCUAAAAAUGUAUUUAAAAUCAUUAAUCACAUGCUUCUGAUUUGAUAGAAUUGAAAUAAUCAUAAGAGUUUGAAAAUUUAGAUUUAGAUUUAAAUGGUUAAGUUAAGUAAUAAGUUUUGUAAGCUAUCUUUAAUUAAGCUAGUAGUUUAGGUAAAAUAUUUUAGUAAGUAGAAUAAUUAGAAAAUAUAAGGAAAAAAUUCAACAAAUCGUUGGAUAAUCUUAAAAAGUAGUACUUUCUAUCUUUGAAAAUUGAUGAGCAAAUUUUUGAACCUACUUCUAUUUUAAAUAUCAUCAACUAGAACUCAUAUUCAUAAGAAGGAUUAACAAACUAUUUUAGUGAUAUUUAGAAAACUAAUUAAAUAUAAUAAUAUAAUAUUUAGGCCUUUUAGGAUCAAAUUGAUUCAGUUGGCAAGUCUAUUAAUAGUAUUGAUCAAUCAAUUCUAGGAUUGGUUAAUUCAAUUUCAAUCUUCUAAACUUAAAGUGCAUUAAAAGAUGAAUAGACUAGAUUUAAUCAAGAAACUAAAAGCCAUGCUCAAAAUGUUUAAUAAUAGCAAAAAAUUAGCUAAAACAAUAUUAAAAAUUAACAUGAAAACAAUCAAUAAAUAAAAAAUCAUCAAUCUAUAGACUAAAAAGAAGAUCUUUUUGAGAAAUAAAUACAGUAGAACUAAGUGUUUUCUUAAUUAUUAAAUCCUUUACUUUCUUAAAAGAUAGACUUUUAAAGUCUAUCUAAAAAAGUUGUAAAAUCCCUAGUUUAUCGAAUAGAAUUCGAUGGAUGUUCUAAAGGCAAUCCUGGGUUGGCAGGUGUUGGAUUUUUGAUUAAGCAACAUGAAAAUAAUAGCUAAGUGUUAGAAUCAUUUGCUGUCAAUGUUGGUACUAAAACGAACAAUUAAUCUGAGUACUUAGCAUUAAUUUAUGGUUUAUAUGUAUCCUUAAAAAUAGGUAUAUAAAAGUUAUUUAUUUAAGGUGACUCUCAGCUUAUAAUAUAUUAAAUGACUGGGAAGUAUAACUGUAGUAAUGAUAAUAUUAAAAAAUAUUACGAACUUUGCAAGAUGCUAUAAUCUAAAUUUUAACAAACAUCAUUUAACCAUGUUUAUAGAGAGUAAAAUAAAGAAGCAGAUCACCUCUCGAAUGUUGCAAUAAGCAAAUAAAAUAAAAACUGA